UUUUAAGUUAUGUGCAGCACGCACAAACCUUGUUUACUUGGGAUUACCCCGAAUAAAUUAUCACUAAGUAAAGUAAUAUGUAGUUAUGCCUUAAUUAAAGUUAGUAUUUAACUGUCUGUGUUUGUAAUUGGUUGUCAUAGAAGAUGAAUAAGGCUCUCGUUUUCCUGACUAUCUUGAAGGUUGUUUGGUGUGACUUAGAAUACUACUAUGACGACUUCAAUUUAAGCGAAGAACAGGGAAGUGAGCCAGGUGCAUCAUGCAGAAUGGCUGAUGGAACUCAGGGAAAAUGUGUGCAAUUUUUCCUGUGUGACAGUAAUGAUAAAAUUAUUAUGGAUGGUCGGACUGUCAUCGAUAUACGCGAAACAGAAUCGGUAUGCCAUUCAUACCAGGAUAUUUGCUGUGGGCUUUCUUCCAUAAAAGAUGAUGUGAACCCCAUUACUCCUAAACUGGCCCAGCGUAAGGGUUGCGGCUGGCGGAACCCAGACGGUGUUGGUUUCAAGAUCACAGGCGCAGAACAUGGUGAGGCUUAUUUUGGAGAGUUCCCGUGGAUGGUUGUUAUUUUCAGCAUUGAUAGUCCUGAUGUGCCGAUUGGCGGCGGAUCUAUCAUACAUCCUCGCGCCGUGCUGACAGCAGGUCAUACAGUCAACAAAGUACGGAAACUAAAGGUCAGAGCUGGAGAGUGGGAUUUGAAUUUAUCGACAGAAUACUAUCCACACCAAGACAGGGAUGUUGACACUGUCAAGGUCCACCAUAAGUUUAAUAAGGAUAAUGGUGCUAACGAUAUUGCUAUCCUGUUUUUGAAAAAGGCAUUUGAUUUGGCACCAAAUGUCGGAGUAGUGUGUCUACCUCCUGCGGGAAUCAGAGCUGUUGGGGAUACCGAAUGCUUUGCUUCUGGUUGGGGAAAGAAAAAAUUCGACUCUGAACAGAAUUAUCAGAAUAUAUUGAAAAAGGUAAAUCUUCCAGUAGUUGAAAGAGGGGAAUGCCAGAUUUUACUCCAGAAAACUAGAUUGGGACCUUUCUUCCAACUAGGUUCUUCCUUCAUGUGCGCGGGUGGAAGACCUGGCCAGGACACCUGCUUAGGUGACGGUGGCUCACCUCUAGUGUGUCCUGUGGAGGGUGAUGCAGACCGAUACGUUCAGAAUGGUAUAGUGUCUUGGGGCAUCGACUGCUUCAACGGUCAUCCUGGAGUUUACGCAGAUGUCGCCAUCCUGCGGGAAUGGAUUGACUUCCAGAUGGAUGCCAGAGGCUACAGCAAUGAAACUUACAGUAUUUAGGAUAACACAUUAUGUUCACCUUGUUUCACCAGUAUCCCAAAACUGUUUCAUAGAAUUAACAGGAUUUUGCCCUAUGCUGCCCUGGGGUAUAAAAAGAAUAAGGAAGUUCCAGACCCUAGGGUGUUGCAAGAGGCGACUAACAUUUACCAGUGGGAGGCCUUUUUGCACAGAAUACCGGCUACAUUAUGGGUACCGCAACGACGCCUUUUCCUGCCGUGAAACUGUAAUGUGUAAGCAUUAUUGUGUUUCGGUCUGAUGGGCGCCGUAGCUAAUAAAAUUACUAGGCAAAUGUACUUAACAUCUUAUGUCUCAAGGUGACGGGUACAAAUGUAGUGCCGUUCAGAAUUUUUGGGUUUUUCAAGAAUCCUGAGCGGCACUGCAUUGUAAUGGGCAUGGCGUAUGGCGUAUCAACUACCAUCAUCUGAACGAAUAUAUAAAGCUAACUUGCCUAAAAUAUAAAAAUGCCAUCCCAAGUUUUUGAUCGUUUUACAAGAUGGUGCCAUAAAGUAGAAAUGGCUUAGGUAAAUACGAAACGUGUUUUAUUUAUUAGAAUCCUAAUUAUUAAUACCGCUAUAAUAAAGGUGAAAUCAUUGAUGUAAUUUAAUCAAAGAUAGCUUAAUAUUUUAUUUAAUAUUAAGUAUGGCUACAACAGACAAGCCAUAGCCAAUUUUGGACCAGAUAUUUUCAGCAAUAAAGCCUUAUUAAAUUUAUACGUUUAGAUAUGCUGUGAGCUGUGAAAACUUAGUCUAUUCGACAAGUUGAAAAUGGUACAAAAUACAGAUACUUCUCUUAAAAUUAUGUGCGACAGCUCAUUGGAUCUGGAAUGACGCCUAGAGAAAUGUGCCAAAAUCGUGUAUUUAGCACAUACAAAAUUGCAAAAGUUAUAAACAAUUAAAGAUGAAAAAAAAUGGCAUCUCGGUUUUUGCCAAUAUUUCACAAACUAUUAAUAUUUAAGAAAUUUCAAAGAAAAAGAUAGAUUCUGAAAGAGGAGGAAAUUUCCAAUAAAAAACUCCUAACUCCCGAAACUCUAUCUCCAUUAUUUAUAGUUCUCAUCUUAGCAGUAUCUCUAUUUUGUACCAUUUUCAACUUGUCGACUAUACUAUGAGAAAUAAAUUGCAGCGAACUAUUCUCUCAGAGCUUCUAAUCGCGAGUGUAAUAUGUAAUUGUCAUGCAAACGUAGUAAACCUGGCCUGUUGUCAUUCAUUGCCUAACAGCAAGUCUUUUUGUAGACGUUUAAUUAUAUAAGUAUAAAGCAUUUUAUUUUUUUAAUAUGUUCAUUAAAGAUAUUGUCAAAUACA